AAACCCAAGAUGGAAGCCGUCGCGAAAUACGACUUUACGGCGACUGCUGAAGAUGAACUCAGUUUUAAGAAAGGAAAUGUUCUCAAGAUACUCAGCAAGGAUGAGGACAAAAACUGGUACAAAGCAGAGAUGGAUGGAAAAGAGGGCUAUGUGCCCAACAACUAUAUUACCAUGAAGAAUCACUCAUGGUAUGUAGGUAAUGUUUCCAGAAGUCGAGCUGAGCAGAUGCUACUUCAAAACAACUUUCCAGAUGGCACCUUCUUAGUCAGACGAAGUGAAAGUGCACCGGGGGAGUUUUCCAUCACAGUCAAGUAUCAGGAUGGUGUACAACAUUUUAAAGUGCUGCGGGAUGGUGCAGGAAAGUAUUUUCUGUGGGUAGCCAAGUUCAACUCACUGAAUGAAUUGGUUGACUACCAUCGGACAUCUUCAGUCUCACGCUCACAGACCAUCAUGUUUAAAGAUAUGCCUGUUCAAAAUGUCCUCCAAGCACAGGUGGUUCAAGCCAAGUACGACUUCGAACCACAGGAUGCUGAUGAACUUGGAUUCAGACGAAAAGAUCGCAUCACAGUGCUGGAGCGAUCCAAUGAGAACUGGUGGAAAGGAGAAUGCAACGGCAGAAUUGGGGUGUUUCCUGCCACUUAUGUAGAGAACAUUGAUGAUGCAGAAAAUCAGUGACAUGGAGCAAAGAUGUGUCAGACUCCACAGGAAAAAAAAAGGAAACUGUUACAGACAGAUCUUUGCAGAGACACAUCUGAUUGUGUCUUCUUCAGUUGCAGCCAUUUUUCACUCAUCAGUUGUGAAUAGCAAGGCUUGUCCUGGUGCAACAGUGAUAAAACUGAACACUAAGACAAAGACUGCAGGAUGGAGAAUGACAUAACCAAGCCCGGCUUUGUGAAAUGUCUGGCCUUUGAGACUUUGGAACUUAUCAGUGACAAAUGUGCAGCGUUGUGGGGGCGGGGGGAGAAGUGAUCUGUACAAAGGAUAGUACUCGUCAUGUGUACGCAUGUUUACUAUGGGAUCCUGUACAAGUGCAUAGUGAGUGAGUGCAUGUAUAAAUGGGGGCAUGCACAUGUAGUAGUGUGGUUUGCGUUGUGUUAUAACAGUUCUGGGCCUCGUUUAACUGCCUGCAUAAACAGUUUGGUGAACAAGGAGAGAGUAUUCACCUUGCUGUGUGCAACUGUAAGUGUUUGCAUGUGUGCAUGUUUGUGGUGCAUAAUACAUGCCCACAUUUCCAAUGUUUUAUCUGUUAGUUACUUCUGCUGUGCAUUGUAGGCUUUGUUUUUUCAAAUAGACUUCAAAAGAUAGUUGAUUGAAUUGUACAGGUAACAUUUUGCUAUUUUCAAACUUGUAGAAAUCACAGUUUCUUGUCAUUCUGAUUCAAACGAGAUUUAGUUCAUGCAUGUGUGUUUCAUUUUGUAAUCUAUAAUUUUAGUUUUCUUAAACUGUUAAUGGUUACUAGCCAGCUGGGAAACCACAGAUAGUUUAUUUCAUUUGUAGUUGCUUUGUGUAUCCCCUAAAAAGUAAAAAAGCAGUAUUUACUCUGAUUUUUUUCACUCCUUCUGUGCAGAUGUACUGCAUGCAUGCAUGCAGCUUGUGAAUAGAAAUGAGUUGAAAGACAAUAUUCACAAAGAUGCCUGCCUAUAUAUAUAUUUUUUUUUAAAGUUUAGAGCACUACUGUGACUGAUGGAUGUGUCAAACUCAGAUGCUAUUAUCAACUGGGAGAGCUCAGAUCAGUGGUUUGUUUUGGGUCAAUAUUAUAGAUAUAUGAUAUGACAGGCUUAUUGCUCUCCAAUGAUAACACUAAGAAUUCUGGAGAUGAGGGUCAGCUAUCUUCACAAGCUAUUUUAUCAUCAGUUUUUACUCCCAGUCACAUCACAACACAUAUUUGACUGUAUUUACAUGGUAAAGAGCUGUCUUCAUUGUGGGCAUAUGCCUAGUUCCCUUUGAAAAUCUUAUAAAUAUCUGAGGGCAUUGUUGAUCAUCUAGCUUUGUUUACAAUUACGUCCUCUCACUAUGGCAUUCUAGAUAAAAUAUAGCAUAAUCGAUGGUUCUUGUUCACUGUGCUAAAUCAGCCAUAUAAAGAUGGUUAAUAAUUGCCAGUAUAUAAGCUGUAGUGGACUAAUAACCUUUGUUGCCUUUGUAGUCCAUUGUUUAUUAUGCUGAUAUGUGAAAGCCAGUUGAUUUGGUUUGGCAAAGACUUAAAAAGUUUCAUAACCUUCUAUUUCAGUGUUGUAGGUGAUUUUUAUCUGUUAGAUUAAAUCUAAAGCAUAAACAUUAUGGUUUCUCAGGUGUAUUUGGCAGUAAUUGUGCAUGCAUGUGUGUGUAUGCACAUGCGUACAUGUUUAUGCGUGACUGCAUUCUAUUUUAAUAAUAAUGUCAUGCAGUAUUUUAUAAAUCUACAUGUUAAAUUUCUGCAGAAUUCAGCUUCUCUUAAAUGGUUGGAUUUCAUGUAGCCAAACAUUGAUGUUGGAUGAAUUUUUGUUCAUCUUUCCCAAUCCCACACAUUCACACUGUACCUUGUGUAUGCAAUGAGCAGUGCUUUUUUUAAUGUUCAGUUAUUAUUAUUUGUAGAUUCCUAGCUCAUUUAGUAUGUCUUGUGCUCAGCCCUACACUCACUUAAAAGCUGUGUAGCAUCCCCUUCCACUCAAACAAUUGUGGAGCCUGCAUCUUCAUUUUAAAAUCUUGAAAGAUGCUAAUGAAAUUGGUCUCCAGGUUUUUGAUGUUCACAUGCCAGGUUUGCUCAGUUUUACAGUCCAGUGACUUAAAAUAGUGAGGGGAAUGGCAUGUUGGGCUUCAGUGAUAGAUACUGACCUUUUGACAUUUCCAUUCACAAUUUCAGGUUUCUGAUGAACUGUUUUCUUCCUAAACUGUGCAUCAUUUCUUGGAGACCACCAUGUUCCCUUUCUAAUGCAAAGAAAUACAAACUGAUCAUAAUUUGUGUAGUAGGCAUUUGACAAGAAGUGCAUUUACUCUUUGCUGUGCUGUUCUAAAUGUUAUUGCACAGACCCAUGAGCCCAGCAUAUUGAUUACUGCACUUAGGUUCAAUGUGAAAGUGAACAUGCUCACUCCCACUGAGUUGGAUGACAUCACUCAUAGCAGUCUCCCUGCACAAGGGUUGUGUGAUGGGUACAAGUAUAAAUGAUUGUUUUGCAACCUGAAAUUUUGAGCACAAAUCAGAACAUCAGUAUAUCAUUUAAGCACUGCUUGCCAUUUCUUUUGACUUUUCCUUUAAGUGUGCUAUCCAUAUUGGGGGAGAGAGCAAAAGCCAUAACCCAUUGAGUUUUCAGCAAACAAAGGGAAAGAUGGGGUUUAUUUACUUCAUGAAAUGGGUUUAAUGCUAUUCCAGUGUUAGCAGAUCCCUGCGCAAGUGGCACUGAAGACUUUUUGGGAUGUUUUGUUUGGUUUGUUUUUGGGGUUUUUUUAAUUAUCAAGACUCUCUAUUAAUCGCAUGUAUAUAUGUAUAUGUAUAUAAUUUGGGAGUUGCCUUGAUUUUAUAAUCUUGGUCUAGUCUCAACCCAUACAGUGCUGAUGCUUAGGUCUUCAAAGUUAUUCUUGUGUUGUUUUGGGGUGAUGGACUUACACUCUCAAGAAGAGUAAUGUCUUUACAUAGUUUUUUUUUUUUUUUUUAACAGCCAUACUCAGAAUAUACAUUUUGUUUUAUUAACAGUAAUAUAAAUUUGUUCAUAAUGAUAUUUGCAUGAAAUACACCUGACAAGAGCUGAUUAAUUUAUCGUGAAAGUAAUUUGUCAAAAUUACUAUUCUUUUAGCUGGAAGAUCUACUCAGAAUAUUUGUGGACAAUACUUCUAUUUCUGUUGGAAAUUUCUUUUUGUUUGCUAGGCUGUCAUGCUUAAAAUUUAGAGCUCAGCCAUGCAGGUUUAUUUAGAGUGAAUAAAGAAUUAACUGAAUGAACGUAGAAUUUUCAAUGUUCCUGUUGUCUUGUAAGAGUAUAUAAUGUCGAUCAUAUUUCAUUAUGUAUUGGUCAUCAUGACUUGUGCUCUUAGCAGCUUUUACAGAUAUAUAUAUACACACACAAAACUAAAGUUGGGCUUGUAGGCUCAAGUGCAUAAAUCAGUUUCAACACAAUUUGAUGGCACCUAGUAUUACUUUGUUGCUGUUCUGUUGGCGUUAAAGCAAUUCAUGAAAAACUCUGCAAGUACAAAGUUGAGUUAUAUGAAGUUUAAUGAAAAACAAAAGAUGCUGCUGCAGGGACGUGAAUGGUGUGGUGAUAUGAUGGGAAACCUAUGAUCAUCAAUAAAGAGCGUGUGUUCCGGAGUGAGAUCUUCUUGUCUUGGGGCACAAAUGAAUAGUAAAUGUGGCAGCUGCUCAGAGGGCUGGCCAUCUUAGAACCAAAAGACCCUUUUAUACUUGUGAUCACUGAAGCAAAAACAUACUGCUUGUGAAGAUCCAAUGUUGUUGACAGAAACAAGAUCUUGUUGAAAAGAAACUUUCUAGUGCUCACAUGCACUCCAGUGAGUCCAUGCUAUCUAUCAUGCUUGGAUUAGCUAUUAGACAAGAAAACGCUGUUAUAACAAGGUUAUUUGUGUUAAGAUUCUUGUUACAAUUGUCUGCAAUUUUGCCUUCUGAAUUUGAAAUUGAUUAAAUGAUAGUAGUGUAUGCUUGUUAUGUACAGAUCAGAAAAUAAUAUGUGUUAAUUAUUACAAGGGGAAGACAACGUUUUUGCUUUGCAUAUACUUUAGUGCAAGCUAUUCUAUCAUUUAAAAACAUACAGCCUCUGCCUAGAGUACUUGACAUGCUUGUUAUUUCAGACAACAUUCUAAGCAGCAAAUAUGAUCUGAAGGAGGGUUUUUUUUAAUUAUUUUUAUGUGAAUCAUGUUUGUUGAAAAGGCUAAUUGUUUUCUGAUGAAAGUUUUUUUAAAAAAAAAACCUUUUGACUGGGUACAAGGUCUGCCAGUUUGCUCUCAGUAGGGUGCCUAGUGUUGACUUUAUUAAUCUUACAAGUGGUCUACAGACUGCAAGGUCGUUACUGUCUGGUAUGACAACCUGUGAUACCUUGAGGUCUAGAAUAUUGAUUUUUUUUUUUUUUAAUGCCAACUUUUCUUUAUGCAGCCAUGAAGGCUUUCUUCCUGAAUGUGUUGCAGUCUGAAUCAUUCUAUGCGGUUAACCUUUGUGUGUUGGAAAAUCUUUACACAGUCAUUUAAUAUUGCAUUAUCAGUGUUACAUCAUCAAUUAUUGGAACUGAAAGGUUGUUUAAUUCUUAGGACCUUGUGGUUAUUAAAUGGGGCUUUCUCACUUAAUGCAGCAGCAGUGCCACAGCAAAGUGUUCCCAAUUCUUUCACAGGACAGCAUUGAAAAUUUCAUGUACCAUUGUCAUUUUUCUUUCUGGGGUUGUGAUGGUGGUUGGAAGUCUGUUACUUCACAGUUACUUUCUUGAGGGAAUCCCCAGUCUAGUCAGCCUUUGUGCCGGUGCCACUGUUGACUUUUGUGCAUGAAAUGAGUUCUGAAGAAAGUGGUGUAGCAUGAUAAAAGCUAAAGCACUUUCCUUCUAAACGAGGAUGUGCUAGAAAAAAAUCUUGGAGAUAAUAUCAUUACUUUUUCAAACAUCUGUUUGUUUUGUAUGAUGUAUAUAUGUGGCAUGUAAGUGUAGAAUUCUGUGCUCAAACAUAUGACCUACACAUUACAUUGAACUUUGGUCCUCCUUCUGUAGGAUGUAGCAUCUGGCAGGUGGCUACAGACAAAUGCAGGCGGGGGGGAGGGGAACACUAUCAGUUAUGUAACAUGCAGUUAAAUUUUGGCUUUAAAAGUUGUUCUCAAGGUAAAAGCUUUUAGACGUGUGUUCUGGACAAAAUGAGUGCAAAUAAUUGGGAGCAUUUGUGUAUCGUGUCUUCUCAGCUUUGCAAAACAUGAGGCCAGUCUUUCCUUCACGUCACAAAUCAGAAGGUACAUGAAACAUCUGCUCAUAAGUUCAGGUCUACUUUAAAGCCUGCAGUUGACCGCUUAUGAACACCUGGAGUAUGCUGCUGUCAUGAUUAGGUUGUGGAUGUGCUUUAAAACAAAUUAUUAUCAGUGCUUAUAUCUGUAUGGAAAAAAAAUGGAUGUAACUGCAGAUUGGAAAUGUAUUUGUUUCUGUUUUCCACAGCACAGUUUCCAUUGAUAUCCAAAUGUGUUUGCCUGGUAAUGUAGACCCUACAGAGAGUAUAUUAACUUGAAUUUGUGCUCUGCCUGUUACAAUGUGAGGCUCUAAGGAUGAGCAGUGGAAACGUGUAACUCUGGAAAAACAAGCUUAUUUUAUCCAUGCUGCUUACAUGCUGUGAGUCAUCAUGUGGAAUAUUUUAUUCUAAAGAUAUGCACUGGUUGCUUAAAGACAUUUGAAUUCUUGUGAAGCUUGGUUUUUAAAUAAAUAAUUUGAAAUUGU